AUGGCGUUAUAUUACAAUUUAGUCUUCGGUUUAUUAAUCGUUGAAAUGACAUUUUUCACCUUCUUAUCAUUACCAUUCCCAAGAAGGAUCAGAAGGUCAGUUCUUUCAACAGUGUCAGCACCGUUCCGAAAUGAGCAAUUCCAGAUUGCGAUAAAGUGUGUGUUGGGGUUCGUGUUGGUGUUGUUCAUUGACUCUGUUAACAGAGUUUAUGCAGUUACCACGGAAUUGCAUGCAUCGUCUCCAAGCAACCAAGCAGGCCCAAGUGGUGGUGUUUUGAACGAUAGAUCAGAGGUACAAGCCAGAAGAUUCUAUGCGCAAAGAAAUAUGUAUCUCUGUGGAUUUACCUUGUUCUUAACCUUGAUCUUGACUAGAACUUAUUCGUUGGUGUCGGAAUUAGUUCUCACCAAGGACAAAUUGGACAGCAUGAAGGCCAAUGGUGAAUUAUCCGAAGGUUCAGAUUCGAGUGAAGUUGCUCAAUUGAAGAAACAAUUGGCCAGCAAAGACCAAGAUUUAGAAACCUUGAAGGAACAAGCACAAGGCUUGUCCAACGACUAUGAAAGUGUUUCUGGUGAAGCUAAAUCUAGAAAGGCUUAA